AUGUAACAUAACCUCAAAUAAUCCAGUACUAUUUACUAUUGAUUGGUAAUAUUAAAAAUUUCUUGAAUGUUAAAAAUUAAGAAUACUUACGCUUCUUUCACUCUCAAUUUAGACCCCAUUCUGCGGUGAUUGUAUUGAAUUAACUAUAGGUACCAGGUAUUCUACGAAUGGCAAUGCCACUACUACUUUAAUUUUCUUAUAAGUAUCACCUACCAUUGCAGAUCAAUUUAAUAAUGAAUGUGAUUAUCAAAUAUUUACAUUGUCCUGCAAGAGUAAAAUUAAGGCUUUUAAGUGGAACAGUUUUGAAUAAAGAGGUAUCAAAGGAUGGAAAUUAUACCCCUGUUUAUAAAUUCCCAUAUAUAAGACCUUUAGCAGUGGUAAAUAGAUUAAAAUUGUACCAAACAAUUCUGACAGCCACAAGUGUACCAGCAGUAGCAAUUAUGACACAAAUGAACUAUGUUGAUGUGGAUGCUUUAAAAGCUACAUGCUUUCUAGGUCUUUCAGGAUGCAUUACACUUUACGGUUUAGGAUUCCUAACAAGCAAGUUCAUAGGCUUCAUUUAUUAUAAUGAAGAAAAGGAUGUGGCAAAAGUAGCCUAUGUGGACUUUUGGGGAAGAAGGAGGGAUCUUGAAAUACCUGCAAGUGAUGUGAUUCCAAUAAACGAACUCCCACAUUCGUAUAUGGAUGGUUUGUUCCUCACAUUCAGAAGAUAUUCAACUAAACAAACACUUCGACUCAAUAUGCAAUAUGGAAUUAUAUUAGAUAAAGAAAAGAUCAGUAAAAUAUUGUAGAUUUUUUAAUAUUCAUUUGUUGAAACUAUUGAAAAUAUAAAUAUUUCAACUCCAUCUGUAAUGGGCGUAGGCUCUAUUUGCCUCACAUUGUCUAUGUA